AUGCUAUUUAUUUAAGAAGAUGAAGAUGACAUUGGAGAUGAUAUAAACGAACCAAUUAGUAUGUAUUAAUCGCCUGUGGUCACAAAUAAUCUAAUUAAUGUUGUUGGAGUUUUCAAUUAAAACCAAGUUGCUAUAGAUCCUCCAGAUCUAAAUUCUUAAAGGAAAAAAAGACUUAAAGAGUUUUCCAACUAGUUAAUCAAAGAAAAUCCAAAAUAUAUUGCUGAUAAUUUAUAUGCAAUUUAAAUAGUUUAAGUACUAACUAAUGCAGGACUAUGCAAAAUCUCAAAUUUUGUGAAUGGUCAUUACUAGGCCCAAUUAGAAUAAAUUAUCAAAUAUGAUAAACAUAUAUAAGAUUCAAGAUAGGAUUCAUCGCUUUAUAAAUAAAUCUUUUUUAUCAAUGUAAACCCAGUGCAUAUAUGUUUCUAAGAUGGAUCUUUAGUUUUUAAAUAAAGUAAUUAUUCAUUUUAAAAUUUAGAUCCUCCUACACUGGAAAUUAAUCAAAGCCUUAAAAAAAAAUAUCAAUAUUUAUUAGAGGUCAUAAAUUUAACUAUGAGAUUAUUAGAUUCUUAUUUUAAAAAAGAUUUUUAAAGCAUAAUUGAUCAUUACAUUAAUAUGAAAGAUAACAAAUAUUCUAAUAAUAGAAUUAUAGAAUUCUUAUAAAAUGAAAUUGAAAAAAAUGCUGAAAAUUAUAAUUAUGUCUCUAAGUGGUUAGAAAUAAAAUCCAAAAUUAAACCAGUUUUAGUUAUCUAUAAAUAAAUUAAAAUCUUAGAAAAAAAAGAUGAACUCUGUGGUAGAAAAUCAUUAAAAGUUUUAUCUAAACACAUUAAAAAAAUUGAUAAAUUGUAAAAACGCUUAUACUAGGAAUAAAUUCUUUCUCCUCUAGAGUUCUUAUUGACAAAUCUAUUUGAUAUUUUUGAUUCAAUUCUAAAAUUCUAUGAAGAAAAUUAUGAAAAAGAUGUCUAAUAUUAAUAAUAACAAUUUAUCAAAAAAAAUGAAAAACUUAAAUAAAAAUAAUAAAAACCACAAAUUUAAGAAGCUUCUGUUUAAGAAUGUGAAUAAGAAUAAUUUCAAUAUUAUUUUUAGAAAAAAUAAAUUAAAUAACAAGAACACCUUGUUGAAUAAUUUGAUUGCCAACUAGAUGUUUUAAGUGGACAAUCUUAAUCCCUUAUAAAAAAAGUGAAAGAUUAAAAAUUGGAAUGA